UAGAAGUCGUGACAAAGAAAAGGCGAUAGCAGUCGCGGCAAAGAAGAAUAACAUCAUUCAUAAAAAUUUUUAAUCCAUGUCUUUUCUUUGUUUAAAAAUAGGAAUCAUGUAAACGACAUGAAAGGCGUUUAUGUGAUGCUAAAUUAUUCCUUUGUUUACAUGAUUCAAGGUUGAGAACUAUUUAAAUAAUUCAUUACUAUACAGUGUUUUUUCUAUUCAACAAGUAACUGUAAAAGCUUUCGAAAAAGGCCUGAAAACAAAAAUAACUAUAGAAAAAAGUUUCAGUCAGUCGUUGUUUUAACGAAAUGUAGAAGCUUUCUUUACAUCGAUUCGAAAGAUUCAUUUCUUCAUUCAGGUAAGUGUCAAACGAGUAGGAAUUUUUGGUUGUGCGUAUAAAAGGAACGUUGCUAUAAUUUUAAAAUAAUAAAGAAUUCCUAAAUAGAUUGACAAUGAAUUAUACAUUCCAAAGUUUUGAAAUGGACCAUUUUAUUGUUACUUCCUGCUCAUAGUAGCGUAGACCACCAUCGUCAAUUCUGCUCGAAACUAACCACAGGGUAAAAACUUUGACUUUUCUGUUGGUACUGAUAUAAUUUGUUUUUAAAGUGAAAGGUUUUCUUUAAAAAAAAAGAAAAUUCUAAUGUAUACCUGAGUAUAAAGAGUGAAUGCCUACUGAUGACACAUUAAGCACGUUCACGAUGCCUGAUCCAUCUUCAUCUUCGAAACGUCCAUCCAACCGCCCUCCUAUGAAUGUAAGCCAUUCAUCGGCGCGUGUAAUGGAUAUAAAUACGAAUAGGAAGCCCCGUAUGCAUCGUGAGGCUAAUCUGGAAAAUGAUCAAGCUUCUCAAUCAGUGCCAAACGACCUAAAUCCUGCAUUUGAUGCUUUGAGGUUUUUAAGCAUGCCUCGAAAUCCCCGUGGAGGUUUGUCAAACCGAUCACGUCCAUAUUUUCCUUUGGAUCCUAGCCUGAAAAAUGUACAAAACUCAGAUGAGGAGGAGCUGACCGAGGAAUCUCGUUUGCUGGAUAACUCUAACGGGAAGUCAUAUCAAUACAAAGACAAAAACCAUGAUAAAGAUGUUAAUAACCCUCCGUCAAUGCCAAGCUCUCUUUGCUCCUCCCCGAACUUUCAAGCAAAGAAGCCUAAUGAAAGUGAUGAAGAAUUUCCCGAAGACAUUUCCAUGCCUGAGAGCCAUCCUGAAAGUAUAUCAAAACAAUCUAAAGAGAAAAUACGUAAAGAUAGCCAUGAUGGCGACGUAAGCGAGUUUGGUAUUUCCUCUCCGCCCUCGUUUGGUAAAUCCCCCAAAUCACCCUCAAGUCAUUAUGAACAAUAUGCAAAUAACCAAGUUAAUGAAGAGGCUCCAGAAGUUGUCGAAGGGCGCGACGAAUUAUUCUUACCCAUCUCUACGCAUCAUCUUCAUGAUCCCGAUUUCUCCGUUAUGGAUGAGUGGGCAGCGAAAAUGAAGGAAACGUUUGAUGAAUUUACCGAAGAUGAGUCUGAUCAUCGUAAGGAACGAAAUCGAAAGAUGAGCGAACCAUUGCUAGUCAACGGUCGAUAUCGUAUUCGCGAUCGAUGGGCUCAGUUACGAAAGUCUGAGGUUGACCGUCCUUAUAGAUUUACGUUCUUUACGGAAGAAUUACCUUCAACUGUUCAUUCUCAUGAGAUGUGGGAGCUUACGCAUGAUAAUCAAACAUUCGAGAGCCUUUUUCGAUCUGGUGGAACUUGGUGGUUGGAUGUCUCAUCUCCCAAGGAAGAAGAAAUACGCAUCCUUGCGAAGACAUUUGGUAUCCAUCCUUUGACAGUCGAAGAUAUUACUAUGGCGGAAGAUCGUGAAAAGGUAGAGCUUUUCCGAUCUUACUAUUUUGUAACAUUCCGAUCUUUUAAUCAGCUUCCUUCUGGUCCUGAGUAUUUGAAGCCAUUGAACUUUUAUCUCGUUGUAUUUCGCGAUGGAAUUCUUACUUUCCAUAUGAAUCCUACCCCACAUCCGGCAAAUGUACGCCGGAGAAUACGCCAGUUGAAUGGGUACCUGACUAUUAAUGCGGACUGGAUAGCGUAUGCUUUACUUGAUGAUACCACAGAUGCGUUUGCCCCCUUCAUUGAGAAAAUCGAGGACGAAGUAGAUACGAUUGAUGAAAUCAUCCUGGGUAUUCACCAUGAACACGUUUUAGAGGUAAAGCCACAGGAAAGCAUGUUGAAACGUGUAGGUGAAUGCAGAAAAUUAAUUAUGAGUUUGUUGAGACUUCUUGCUAAUAAAGCUGAUGUUGUUCGAGGUUUAUCCAAACGAUGCAAUGAAUCUUGGCAAGUGGCUCCGAGAGGAGAGAUUGCUCUUUAUCUUGGUGAUGUUCAAGAUCAUAUCGUGACAAUGGUUCAAAACUUGAAUCAUUAUGAAAAAAUUCUAUCGAGAAGUCAUUCCAACUACUUGGCUCAAAUCUCAAUAAAUAUGACAUUGGUGUCAAAUGAAACCAAUGAAGUUUUAUCCCGGUUGACAAUCUUAGGUACCAUUCUUAUUCCUUUGAACUUGGUGACAGGUCUUUGGGGCAUGAACGUACAGGUUCCGGGUCAAGAUGUACCCGGCCUUCAAUGGUUUUUUGGUAUUCUUGGAAGUCUUAUGCUAUUUGCAGUGUUUUCCGUACUUCUUUGUAAAUGGUAUCAAGUGAUCUAAUGACUUUUUUUGUUAUUUAUUUAUUGUUUUGGCUAUAAAAUGUGUUAGGCAAGUGUCCUAUAGUUAAUUAAGUUUUGAUAUUAGAAGACUUAUUUUGGUUUAUCCCCGGUUAUGCAAAGAGCGUACAUGAGUAUCCAAUGCGCGUCGUUCGCUAUGAUUAUUCCUGCAAUUCUUUAGGCCGGACUUUUGUGAGCUAUUCAGGAGAACGUCUUGUUGUGCAGUCAUUGUUUAUUAUGUAUAUAGCAAGCGUUUAACGCGUGCCUUGGUGUAAUAGAGUGUUUAUAAUUAAGGAUCUUAUUUGCGGUAACUAAUAGAAAUCAGAGAAAAAAAAAUAUAUAAAUAAAUACGAUUGUUGUUUGUUCUUAACCCGU